AUGAAAACAUUCCUCUUCUUACUUGUUCUUCUUGUUCUCUCAAGGAUUGAAACAAAUGAAGCCACUAGAAAUCUUGAUGAAACUCAUCUUCUAUUACCAUCUUUGCAAACCCGUCCUCCAGUUAAGACUCCAUCACCCAAUCCAGGAAGCGAGAUCAGUGUGAAUAUGGCAAGCACGAUUACGGAAAGAAACUUUGUUGGUCAUAAAGAAGUUGUUUUUGCUCCCCCUCCUCCUACUAAUGCAUUUCCUCUUGAUAAAACACAUUUUUUAUUACCAUCUUUGCAAACCCGUCCUCCAGUUAAGACUCCAUCACCCAAUCCAGGAAGUGAAACUAGUGUGAAUAUGGUAAGUACGGUUACUGAAAGAAACUUUGUUGGUCGUAAAGAAGUUGUUUUUACUCCCAUUCCUCCUACUAAUGCAUAUCCUCUUGAUAAAACACAUCUUCUAUUACCAUCUUUGCAAACCCGUCCUCCAGUUAAGACUCCAUCACCCAAUCCAGGAACCGAGACCAGUGUGAAUAUGGCAAGCACGGUUACUCAAAGAAACUUUGUUGGUCAUAAAGAAGUUGUUUUUGCUCCCCCUCCUCCUACUAAUGCAUAUCCUCUUGAUAAAACACAUCUUCUAUUACCAUCUUUGCAAACCCGUCCUCCAGUUAAGACUCCAUCACCCAAUCCAGGAAGCAAGACUAGUGUGAAUAUGGCAAGCACGGUUACUGAAAGAAACUUUGUUGGUCAACGUAAAGAAGUUGUUUUUGCCCCCCAUCCUCCUACUAAUGCAAAUCCUCUGGAUAAAACACAUAUUUUAUUACCAUUUUUGCAAACCCGUGCUCCAGUUAAGACUCCAUCACUUAAUCCAGGAAGCGAGACCGGUGUGAUUAUGGCAAGCACGGUUACUGAAAAAAACUUUAUUAGUCGUAAAGAAGUUGUUUUUGCUCCCCCUCCUCCUACUAAUGCAUAUCCUCUUGAUAAAACACAUCUUCUAUUACCAUCUUUGCAAACCCGUCCUCCAGUUAAGACUCCAUCACCCAAUCCAGGAAGCGGGACCAGUGUAAAUAUGGCAAGCACGGUUACUGAAAGAAAUUUUGUUAGUCGUAAAGAAGUUGGUUUUGCUCCUCCGCCUCCACUUCCUUCUACUAAUGCAUACCCACAAAAUAAUGUCCUUUUUGAUGUGUCCAUUGCUACUACUCAGAAAUAA